AUGAUUCACUAUUCUUUGUUUUUUUUCCUUCCUUCAUUAUUCACUAUUUUUAUUUUGUAUUUCCUUCUUUCCUUCAUUCAUUAUUCACUAUUUUUAUUUUGCUUUUCCUUCAUUCAUUAUUCACUAUUUUUAUUUUGUUUUCUCUUCUUUCCUUCCUUCAUUAUUACCUUAUUCUUAUUUUGCUUUUCCUUUUUUCCUUCAUUCAUUAUUCACUAUUCUUAUUUUGCUUUUCUUCCAUUCAUUAUUUACUGUUCUUACUUUGCAUUUCUUUCUUUCAUUCCUUAUUCACUAAACUUACUUUGCCUUUCUUUCAUUCAUUAUUCAUUAUUUUUAAUUUCCCUUUCUUUCAUUCAUUAUUCUUACUUUCCCUUGUUUUCCUUCAUUCAUUCAUUAUUCACUAUUCUUACUUUGCUUGUCUUUCAUUCCUUAUUCACUAUCCUUACUUUGCUUUUCUUUCUUUCCUUCAUUCAUUAUUCACUAUUCUUACUUUGCUAUUCAUUCAUUAUUCAUUAUUCUUACUUCUCUUUCUUUCUUUCAUUUAUCAUUCACUAUUCUUACUUUGUUUUUCCUUCCUUUAUUCAUUAUUUAAUAUUUUUGCUUUGCUUUUCUUCUAUAAUUUACUCUUUACUUGUUUUUCCUUCUAUAUUCUUUUCCUUAUUUUCCGCCUUCUCAGCUCUAUUUUAUUAUUUUUCUUUGCAUUCUUCCUUAAAAUUUUUUCCAUUGCCUUUUGGUUUCUUAUUCUAUUUUAACAUUUUUCUUACAUCUUUCUUUUCAUUUUACAUGAUUCAUUUUCUUUCUUUCAUCUCUUUCUUUAAUCUGCUUUUUUUUAUUCCUCUUUCUUUUGUCAUUCAUUUUCUCCUUUUGUCCUUCUUGUUUUUCCCAAUUCUUGUACUUUUUCUCAGUCACUUUCAGCCUUCUGCUCUUCUCCACACUUUUCUUUCUUCCUAG